CUUUGUUCUGCUCAAAUGACUGCCUCUUGGUCUAAGUGCAGGUUCUUUAUGAGCACAAUUGAGUGUUCUGGAAUUCCCAUUCUUCGUAAUGUUACUUAUACUUUGUUAGGAUCCAUAUAGUUGAAUGCCUUUGCAUAGUCAAUAAAACAUAAAUAAACAUCUUUCUGGUAUUCUUUGCUUUCAGCCAUGAUCCAUCUGACAUCUGCAGCGAUAUCCCUCGUUCUAUGUCCUCUUCUGAAUCCGGCUUGAAUUUCUGGCAGUUCCCUGUCGAUGUACAGCAGCAACCACCUUGAAUGGUCUUCAUCAAAAUUUUAAUCGUGUGUGAUAUUAAUGAUAUUGUUCAGUAAUUUCUACAUUCUGUUGGAUCACCUUUCUUUGGAAUGGGUACAAAUCUGGAUCUCUUCCAGUUGGUUGGCCAGGAAAAAAUCGACAUGUCUAGAUUUCCUGUUGAAAAUAUUAGAAAUUUCAGUAUCAUUGCACAUGUGGAUCAUGGCAAAAGUACGUUAGCUGACAGGCUUCUGGAACUAACAGGGACAAUUGAUAAAACAAAGAAUAAUAAGCAAGUUCUCGAUAAACUGCAAGUGGAACGAGAAAGAGGAAUCACUGUUAAAGCACAGACAGCGUCUCUCUUUUAUAAUUGUGAAGGAAAGCAGUACCUUUUAAAUCUCAUUGAUACACCUGGCCAUGUUGAUUUUAGCUAUGAAGUAUCCAGGUCACUCUCUGCUUGCCAGGGUGUUUUACUUGUGGUUGAUGCAAAUGAGGGUAUUCAAGCCCAAACUGUAGCAAACUUCUUUCUUGCCUUUGAAGCGCAGCUAUCAGUAAUUCCGGUUAUAAACAAGAUAGAUUUGAAGAAUGCUGAUCCUGAAAGGGUCGAAAAACAAAUUGAAAAGGCGUUUGAUAUUCCAAGUGAUGAAUGUAUUAAGAUUUCUGCUAAACUUGGAACAAAUGUUGAAAGUGUUCUUCAGGCAGUCAUCGAAAGAAUACCCCCUCCUAAAGCACAUUGCAAAAAUCCCCUGAGAGCUUUGGUAUUUGACUCCACCUUUGACCAGUAUAGGGGUGUGAUAGCCAAUAUAGCACUAUUUGAUGGAGUGGUAUCCAAAGGAGAUAAAAUUGUGUCUGCACAUACUCAAAAGAUCUAUGAAGUUAACGAAGUAGGAGCUCUGAAUCCUAAUGAGCAGCCAACUCAUAAAUUAUAUGCAGGACAGGUGGGCUAUCUGAUUGCUGGGAUGAAAGAUGUCACUGAAGCUCAAAUAGGAGAUACAUUAUAUUUACAUAAGCAACCAGUGGAGCCCUUGCCUGGGUUUAAAUCAGCGAAACCAAUGGUAUUUGCAGGAAUGUACCCUAUAGACCAGUCUGAAUAUAAUAACCUGAAGAGUGCUAUAGAAAAACUGACUUUAAAUGACUCCAGCGUAACAGUUUAUCGGGAUACUAGCCUUGCCCUAGGCGCUGGCUGGAGGUUGGGAUUUCUUGGACUCUUGCAUAUGGAAGUUUUCAACCAGCGACUAGAGCAAGAAUAUAAUGCUUCUGUUAUUUUGACAACCCCCACUGUUCCAUAUAAAGCUGUUCUUUCAUCAGCAAAAUUGAUAAAGGAAUAUAGAGAAAAAGAAAUUACAAUCAUCAAUCCUGCACAAUUCCCUGAUAAAUCAAAAGUAACAGAAUAUUUGGAGCCAGUUGUUUUGGGCACUAUUAUCACACCAGAUGAAUACACUGCAAAAAUUAUGAUGCUUUGCCAGGCUCGAAGAGGAGUUCAGAAGAAUAUGAUGUAUAUUGAUCAAAAUAGAGUUAUGCUUAAAUAUCUCUUCCCUUUGAAUGAAAUUGUGGUAGAUUUCUAUGAUUCUCUGAAAUCCCUGUCUUCUGGAUAUGCUAGUUUUGAUUAUGAAGAUGCAGGUUACCAGACUGCAGAACUUGUAAAAAUGGAUAUUCUAUUGAACGGAAAUAUUGUAGAAGAGCUAGUAACUGUUGUACACAAAGAUAAAGCGCAUUCUGUUGGCAAAGUCAUAUGUGAACGUCUAAAGGAUUCUCUUCCCAGACAGCUGUUUGAAAUAGCAAUUCAAGCUGCUAUUGGAAGUAAAAUCAUUGCAAGAGAAACCGUGAAAGCCUAUAGAAAAAAUGUUUUGGCAAAAUGUUAUGGUGGUGAUAUUACCCGAAAAAUGAAACUUUUGAGGAGACAAGCAGAAGGAAAGAAAAAACUGAGAAAAGUUGGCAACAUUGAAGUUCCAAAAGAUGCUUUUAUAAAAGUUCUGAAAACACAACCUGAUAAAUGACUGGUAGGAAAAUACAAAGAAUUUUCCUAAGUCAAAAUUUUUGUAUCCUUCAAUUUUUCUUAGUAUUUAUAUUAACAAAGUGGAAUUAUAAAAAUGUCCUCUCCUCUCAAUAAAAAUUUGCUUGUUACGUUCAGGGUUUUCAGGUUUAAAUAACCUACUGGCUUUUCUUUGACAGGGACAAGUGUGGUAGAUAAGAGCCUGGAUUCUGAAGGCAUAUUGGCGUUGUCUCAAAUUCCUAUUCCACAACUCUACAGCGUUGUGACUUUGGCCAGGUUCUUACCCUCUCUUUGUCUGUUUCCUCUUUAAUAAAAUCCAGACAAUACUACUAUUUACCUCUAUAAGGUUGUGAGGAUUAAAUGAGAUAAUACAUUUAAAAUAUUCAGAAGAGUGCAUGGCAUCUAGUAAGUGCUCAGUGAAUCUUGACUUUGUUUUAUGCAUAUUUUUUCCUUACUUACACUAAAAGGCCCUGUACUUAAAAUUUGUCUAGUUAAAGUGAGUUUCAAAAUUACCUUAAGUUUCAAAGGGGUCUUAAAAGCUGGUGAGCAGCCAUCUAAGAAGCAACUAUUUGUUCCAUCCUGUCUGGAGCAAAGGAGAACGAAGAAAAUCAAAGACUCAAGGAAGCAAUUACUCCA